GAUGGCUGCUGCUUUAUCGUCGGCCGAUGGGUCGUCGUCGCCCGCGUCUGCCUUUGCCGCCGAGCCGUUCAUGCGACUGCAGACGGCGCUCAAGAAGGAAAAGCUCUUUGUGACGGCUGAAAAGCAAGCCAUCCGAGAUUUGUUUGUGGACAUUAACGACUCCACCUCAAAGCUCCUGCAACUUUCGUGGACAACACAGCGCUUGCAACGCUACCUCGAGCUGCUUGUAAACAAUCGCAUGUCUCUCGACGCGUUUUCGCGCACCAAGGACAUUCUUGAACGCGCCAAAUUGGUGAUGGCGCACUCCAAAGUCGGCCCCCACAGCUCCAACUAUGAGCAGAUGGUCCGCUUUCUUGUGGAGCACCCGCGCUUGCUUGCGGGCAUGCUCAUGCUGUCGGCCUCGUCGGGCACCAUUGCCACCGUGUCUGGCACUGCGCCUGCCCCUUCUUCUUCGGCAGUGGCGACUCCGCUGUCGCCCUCCACUGUCAACGGCUUGCUGAUCAACCAGUCGUCGCAAGGUGCGCUUUCGUCGACAGGCACCUCCAUGCUAUUCACGCCUGCCGGGGGCGCCAGCUCUCCGACAACAGCGCCAUCGCCGACUGCUGCCUCCGCGAGCUCGUCCACCUGGAAUCUCGAUACAGAAAGCAUGUUGCAUGGCAUUCUGUUCGGCUUGUAUGGAAACUUUUUCCUUCCGGAGCAAGAACUGUCGGUUUUGACCAUUAUGCAGUCUGUGCUCGAAGACCACCUCGCCAAGAGUGAGAACAAGCUCACCUGCAUGCGCCACAACUCAACGUUGACGAAAAUGUUCACCCUCUAUGCUCGAUCGUAUGCUGGUGGAAAACUCUACUUGAUGGCGGCUUUGGCUGAGCCAAUCCUGGCUGUCCUCGCGGAUGACGCGUUGGAUUUGGAAAUCGAGCCGGUCAAAGUGUUCUUGUCGCUGACCGAUGCCAACAGGCAACUCGUCUUGGAGCAGUUGCUCGAGCGCCAAGUCGCAGAGGGCAAAGUUUCCCCGUUGCUGCAGGUGGAGGGUCGACUGAAACUCGACCAUGUGCCGACGAGUGACGAGCUCGUUUCCUUGCCUCUGAUGAAGGCCACACUGAACGUCGUGUACGACAAGCUCAUCGAGUUGUGUGUGCUCUUUGUUGACUCUUGCACGCGCACACUGGCCAGCAUGCCAUACGGCAUCAAAUGGUUUUGCAAGCAGGCCGCCCGCGUUGCCCGCGCUGCCCCGACUAAAUCUGCGCAACCGCUCACGCAGCUCGAUGUGUACUCCUUGUUGGGAGAUCUCGUCUUUCUGCGCUUUAUCAAUCCUGCGAUCGUGACACCAGAACCGUUUGGAAUCGUCAACACUCCCAUCUCGACAACCGCUCGUCGCAACCUCACGCUGAUCGCCAAGGUCUUGCACGGAGUUGCCCGUGGGACGCACACCCAGCAGCAACGCGAGUCGUACAUGGUUCCGUUGCGCGACCGCCUGCAACAAGUGCAGAUUGGCACCUUUUUCGAUGCUCUUGUCAACGUCGGAGACAUUGCAGACUGUCUGCAAUACGUGCCAAACUCUGUCACGCACAAGGGCCGCAAGAAGACAGCCUUGCUCACGUUGAAAGAGCUGUACGCUAUUCAGUCGUACGCAGUGGCCUUGCAACAGCAGCAGCUAUUAGCGCAGGAUGGCGCUGCAACCACGGGCGCUGCGGCUGCCGCCAAGAGCAACCCGUUCGCAAAGUGGAACUUGAACGCGGCCGAAGCCACAGAGCUACAACGCCUGUUGAAACGGCUGCCAACGCCUCCUCCACCGCCGCCAUCGUCGUCGUCCGCGGCUGCUGGCUCGAGCAAAGUGCCGAGUCCCUCGGGCGGGCAAGAGUCCCUGCCGUCCCCGAGCGCGCUGGCCGUGCUGGUGGAUGGCGAAGAAGUCGAGUCGGAAGUGUUGGUGCUAUCGAUCGAUCGCAACCCGGAAAUGGCCCUGAUGACCGAGUCCGAGGUGAUGGCCCUGCACCAGCAGCCGGCCGCCAAUGUGGCAUCGCCCCCGCAAGCAGAAUUGCUGCUGGCGGAUGAGCGCAAGAAGCUGCGCAUUGUGCUUUGCAGCAUUGACUUUAGCUACCAGUGGCGACAACGCACCAUGCUGGAUAUUUUCGAAGCCGAGCUGGUGGAGGCCCAAGCCCUCAGCAACCGCUCCCUCGCUUCGCACAUUCAAGAAACGCUGCGUUGCUUGCGACGGCUCCCUGCAGAACACACGACCAACAAUUGCCAGGCGCUCAUCUCGCUGCUGCAGACCGACUACAAGACUCGCUCCAAGUACGUGUCCUACCUCGUUGAGAACAAGCAGCAGCUGCUCGUGACGCAAGACCAGCUCAAGCGCCAAAUGGACCGGAUGGCUCGGGAUCGCAGCGUGUGCGCAGAGCAGUUCAAGACAGUCAAGAUUCGCAAGUUCCUCGAGAAGCGCGAGCCCGACAUUGCGCAGUUUGUUCUCCGCUUCCAAAUGACUGAGAUGAUUGACGAAAAGGCUGCUCUCGUCAACUUGUACCUUCGAGAGACCCUGCAAGCCAUCACUGGUGAUCCGCUGUUUGAAGGCAUGUCCGAAGCCGAGCUCGAGGAGGCGCAGUCGGCCACCGAAAAACACUUUAUGUGCAGGAUUUACUUUUGGGGCUUCUGGCCGAACGGCCUUGUCGAUAUCGAGCGCGACAAGGUGUUUACGUCCUUCAUCGCCUCCAUGGCGCCCUACGUCACGGUGGAUCACGAAAGCCUGCAAAUUCCGCGACAGCAUCAGUCGGAGGCGCCUUGGCCUUCGGCUCAAAAAGAGCUGCUUCGCAUUAACGCCUUCAAGGCGCCUGGUGACAAGCUCAAUUGCAUUGUUCAAUGCUGCAAGACAAUCAUCGACUUGAUUCAAAUGUCGGGCAAGCCCGCUGGUGCGGACGACUUUUUCCCCGUGCUGGUGUAUGUCAUCAUUCAGGUCAAUCCGCCUUCGAUGCUUUCGACAAUGCAGUACAUUCGCUACUUUUACGAGUCUCGCGCCAAGGGUGAAGGUUCUUAUUGGUGGUCGCAGUUCACCAUUGCAAUCGAGUUUAUCAAGACGAUGGAAGACAAGCGUGGCAAGAAGCCCAACAAGUAGAUGUAUCCUUUUCGUUGCGCCAAUCUUUUUUUUUUCUCUCUCUCUCUCUCUCUCUUUUGAUUUUUGC